AAGGAGCAGCCCAAGAGCACAAGAAACCAGCUGGCCUCCUACGAGCCUGCAUCCAUAUAUACUGGCCGUGUCUUGGUUGGAAGGCUAGACUACUAUAUGAAAGUUCUUGUGCUCGGCGACUCGCGGGGUGACUAUGAACGAACCUUCAAGAAAGCUGCCUCGCUCUUGAGCAAGCAAUCAUUUGAUUGCAUCAUCUGCUUGGGUGACCUGCUCCCGCCUACAUGCUCAACGGAAUGCUUGCAAGAGCUUUUCAAAAGUCGUCCCGUCGAAGCACCGUGUUACUUCAUGCAAGGACCCGCGGGAGUCGCUGCAGAGGUCCUUGCGAAAGCCGAAGCUGAACACGGACAAGUCGCUGCGAACCUCUUCUACCUCGGCGAGUCUGGCUUGCUGACACUCACCGAAGGUCUCGGCAUAGGCUUUCAUUCAGAGUCCGUUCCUUCUGCGGUUCCUAGUCUGUUGGGCGCGAAGGAUUUGGACAUGCUUCUCCUAGACGAGCUACCACCAUUGAAUUCUGAACUCAAGUCACCCUAUCACGAUACAUGCAUCCAGUUGCUGGAGGGUGUGCUUCCUAAAUACGUAUUUGCUUGUGAUAAGCAGUACGCAGAGAGAAGGCCCUUCAAGCAGAUGGGCCGGGUGGUUCGCGAGAUUGCCUUGGCCAGUGUCGCCAAUGCCGAAAAAUCAAAAUGGUUUUAUGCCUUCAACUGGCAAAGUCAAAGCCCGGCCCCUGAAGUAUUGGCCGCAGCAGUGUCAAAUCCAUAUCGGCAGUCGAAACCAGGGCCAGAGCCAGAUCAGGAGGUUGUCACGGCCAAUACGGCUGACUACCCUGCGGCUCCGGGAAAGCGGAAAUCACCGCCAGAAGGCUAUUGCUGCAAGCUAUGCUCCCAAGUAGAUGAUCACUACUACAAAGACUGCCCUAAUAGGCAGCAGCGGAAGCGACAAAAGACUAUUCGACAAGUUGCAGCUGUUCGUCCAGACACCUGCUUCUUCUGCCUUUCGAAUCCUACAUUGGCAAGACACUUACUAGUCAGUAUUGGCGAUCAUGGCAGCUAUAUGGCGCUGCCAAAGGGUGCAAUGACGCCAAAUCACGUCUUGGUCGUUCCUGUGUCACAUGUACCGACCAUCAAAUCGCUCGAUGAAGCGAGGGAGGAAGUCGAGGGUGAGAUGCUACGAUACACAGAAGCGCUUGACAAGUUUUAUGCUACAAUUGGCUCUAUUGCUGUUGUCUUUGAGCUUGCAAGGUCCACUGGCGUACAUAUCCACUGGCAGGUCAUUCCAAUUGACCCACUCAAGUGCGAUGAAAUCAUGGCCGCAUUUCGCGUGCAAGGCGAAGCAAACAGCACACCGCUUCGAGAAGAAUCUUCUGGUUCAGAAGCAGACGACUUUUUCAGAGUGACGGUACCGAGCAGGAACAUCACCCUGACUGCUCCUCUCCAAGCUAGCGCCCGCUUUGACCUGCAAUUCGGCCGGCGUGUCAUUGCUAAUGUCAUGGGUGUGCCUAAGCGCGCCCACUGGAAGGACUGUAUACGUACGGAUGCACAGGAGGCCUCGGAUGCGGAUGCAUUCAAGAGGGCCUUCAAGGAGUUUGAUCCUUCUUUGUAGUUUCCUGCCUGGCACGACCAUCUGAACUGGGUCCACUCAUUUUUGGCAACGACACGCAAGGGAAAACAAUCAACAAAGCACUACAUCAUCAGCCAUGGCAUCUGUUCUGGAGCAUGAGCGCCGUGGUAUCCUCAUUCACGAGAUUCUGACUCCGCAAAAACAGUCUCUCUCCAAUACAAUUCGAGAAUCGCCGCUCGUUGCGCUCAU